AUGUGUUGUCCCAACAGCUGUGAACAGCACGAUAUCUGGAACGAACCUGGCCCGUCAAAUCAACGCUUCAAGUAUCUACCCACCGAAGUCACGACCCAAGUAUUGGAUUCGCUGUUGGUUAAUAACGAGAAAGGGAAGAUAAUCACAAAUUACUAUGCGAAACACGGUAUGCUGGAUCUCGAGCACCGGAAGAAUCUAGCACACGUUAUAGUCGAUCGGUAUAUUGCUAAUAACCAGUACUUUUCUCUGGCGGAUAUGAAAGCGUUUUCGGAAAUAAUAUCCGAAAAAUUUACCGAUGAGUUCGCCGAAUUGUAUUACUCUCCCAGAAAUAAAGACGCUGGCAAAAAGAAUCCGUCCGGUUUAUUAUACGACCGCUUCCAUAACCGUAACAAGAAGGAUUCAUUGAAACGCAAAAGAGAUCUUCGAGCACAAAACCAUGAUUGUUUACAAGCAGUAAAGAAGCAAGUUUUUGCUUUGACAGAUACUGAACUUGCGUGCUUUGGUACAGAAAAAAAUUGGCUGCGAAAUAAUAUAGCGCCCAGUGAAGAGGUAAUGCGUUGUUGGAACGAUACAUUCUUCAUACGCUUUAAGGAUAUAUUGGCUGACACCACACCUGAUCGACACCAGAUUAUCGAACAGUGGCCACGAUUCAACGAUCCUGAGGGGUAUUUGUUGGUUGACUCGGAUUUCGCGGCAUUAUUUGGCGAGGACAAGUCAUCAUGUUUUUUCAACGAGUGGGAUAAAUUUUCAAAUGACUUUGAAGUAUACCUCAAGCAAUCACAAAUCAAAGAGAAAGUUAGCUUGGCCCUUUCCAAAGAAUUAGAUUCAAAAGAUUUACAAAGAGACUACAGAUACUAUAUCAUCUCUGUGUUAUUCCAUUCCAUCAUAAAACCCGUCCGCAUAUCAGAAAAUAAGUUACCAACAAUUGCUCAAGCUCAAAGUGAUGUUUGCAUGGCUUGUGACAGCGAGGACGAGUACGUUAAUGCUGUGAAAGCAAUUCGGGAUGAUUACAAUAUAGCUCGACGACCAUUAUUUCCACGCAUUUUCAUAAUCAGAGAUAAAAGCCAACUUACGAAGUUCUAUGUCACGUGGCGUUGA